CACCUCGGCUGAGGGACGCAUUUCUUCGUGCGCAGGAUUUCAGUCAAACUCCAGCUGUGAAGAAAGUGCUGGAAGAUGUUGCUUUUUGCGCCUCUGUAAAUGGAAACGUGCGCGUGCUGGACAGCAAGAAAAUGCCUCAAAAUGAAAAGUCAAGUGUGAGGUGGUUUCUCUUUCUAGCGGCCGGGGGCAAGAGCGAGAGAGUUGAUGUUGACCUCAGAGCAAACCUGGUGAAUAGCGCAUGAGACGAGCAUCACGCCAUCCGAUAGUGGAGAGGAUACGGCGCUCAGGAGCGCGCAGCCUCGGGUUGCAACGUCUGACAACUAGAGGGCAAUUAUUAUUUUAGGUCACCCGCAAGUCCCCAGGUAAGGACAUAUAGAUGCAGUUUCACAGACAUGAUGACAUUAAUUAUUAUAGGAUGCCAGUUGGCCAUUGUUCUAAUUUCAGAUAUGUUAAUGUGUAUACAUUAAUGUCUAUUAAAGAUAUACCUUCACAACCUUGAGACCACAUGCAACAACAUUACAUAUGGUUCAGUCUGGUGUUCUCGUUAUAUUUUUAUUUUAAGGCUUUAAUUUAGAUUGACUCGCAGAAUGCAAAUAAUGAAAAUUAUUAAUAAUAAGACAAAUAGAAUAACAGAGAGUAAAACAAACAAAAAAAUCAUAAAAUAUACAGAAAAUAACAUUUGGUUUUGGAUUGCAAAAGUGAUUUAAAAGAUGAGACCAGAGUGGAGCAAAGGCUUUAUCACCUUCAUGGAUGAACACUCGGGUGUGUGAAGGACAUCGGGCAAUAGGAGAACUGAUAGAGAACUUAAACUCAAUUUUAAAAGCAACAAGUAGCCAGUGUAAAGAAGCCAGGAUUGGUGAGAUGGGUUUAUGUUUCCUUUUCGGAGUGCAAAUCUUAGCAGCAGAGUCUUGGAUGAGCUGGAGGCGACAGAGGGAUGUUUGGCUGAUGACAGAGAGCAGUCUACAAAGGUCUAAUUAACUAGUUAUGAAGGCGUAAAUAACGAUUUCCAGAUUUUUGGGAGAAAGAAAUAGUCUAAUGCUUGAAAUGUUUCUGAGAUGAUGAAAGUAGGAUUUAACAUGCAUUUUUAAGCUGAGUUAUUGAAUGGGACAGAGAGCCAAGACCAGUGAUCUUUGGGUGAUCUUGACAUAUGAACAAUAUCUCUUCCUUAACAGGAUUGAGCUGCAGGACUUCAUGUGACAUCCACCUGCAGAUGUCAUUAAGGCAGUUUAGCUGGUUUCAAGGGUCACAGUUUAGAUAGAUCUGACUAUCGUCUGCGUUAAAAUGGAAACUGAUAUUAUGAUUAUGCUGCGGGUAAGAGGGAGUAUAUAAAUGGAAAAGAGACCCGGACCCAGCACAGAUCUCACAGUUAAGACCAAUGCAGAUACCCACCAAGAUCUCGAGUUCAAAUCCAAGAAAACAAGAAUAGAGUUCAGCAUCAGCUGACAGCAGUUAUAAAAAAUCUGUUUGAAUGAAACCCUUUCUAACCCGUAGCUAACAAUGGGAGCUGAGAAAUAGGUCUAAAAUUAUCAGGAUCAGAAGAAUCAAGUUAUAGCCUUUUUAAAAGUAGAGUAGUUUUUAAAAUUUCGGGAACAAAACCUGUUGUCAGACAGCUGUUUGUCUAUAUUCUGUAGUAUAUGAUAACAAUGUAAUCUAUGAACUAUUAUACAAUAUUUUUCGCUGAACAAUGAAGCAUUUUGUACAAAAAAUACACACAAAAACAGCCUAUAAUUUUUAUGCCAUGAUAAUUUAAACAAAUGAAUGUGAACAACUUUUCACGGAUCCCCUGGCAGAGUGCCCCGAACACCACUUUGAGGAAGAUACUCGAGCUCUUCAAGGUUUGUGGGCUACUCGCCCCUUGGCUGAAGACAUUAGUUUCUACCGCAUUAUGGACUUCUAAUCUAACUUCGGUGACAGUAUUGAAAUGUGCUUAACUAAUGUCAUCUUCUUCUAAAGUGUAAGAAAUGGCAAGUUGGCCACUGGUCCAAACGAUUCAGUGGAAAGUUUCUCUUGUCUCCUGGUAAGCAUGGGCGAAUUGCCGGGAACGCCUCCUGCCCAAGUAUUGGUGCAAAAAGACACCAAACACCAACCCUUCCUCGUUCAACAUGGAUGGCUACGACAAUUGGACGUUGAUAUCCGAGAAUGUCAGCUCGUCUUCCACCCAGCCCAACCCCAACUCCACCCACAACAAUAACUCAGUAGCGGCCGCGCUAAUGCCCUUCAAUGUUUUCACCCUAGUCGUCUACAUCAGCGUCUUCAUUGUGGGUCUUCUGGGUAACACGCUGGUCAUCUAUGUGGUGAUUCGCUACACCAAGAUGAAGACUGUAACCAACCUGUACAUCCUCAAUUUAGCUUUGGCGGAUGAACUCUACAUCUUGGGAAUUCCCUUUCUAGGCACCAAUAGUGUGCUUUCCUACUGGCCAUAUGGGGAUUUAUUCUGCAAGGUGUACAUGACUGCUGAUGCCAUGAGCCAGUUCAGCUCCACCUUUUGCCUCACGGUGAUGAGCAUCGAUCGCUACCUGGCUGUGGUUCAUCCUAUUCGCAGUGUCAAAUGGAGGAAGCCACAGGAGGAGGUCAACGCCUGCAACAUCACCUGGCCUGAGCCUCAUAAAUUUUGUUCCAUCGUCUUCAUCCUCUACACAUCCAUACUAGGCUUCUUUGGUCCUCUGGUUGUCAUCUGCCUCUGCUACCUGCUCAUCGUGAUCAAGGUGAGGUCAGCAGGUGUGCGUGCAGGCCGGACUAAGCGACGCAAGUCGGAGAGAAAGGUGACGCGCAUGGUGGUGAUCAUUGUGUUGGUGUUUGUACUUUGUUGGCUGCCCUUCUUCACGACCAACAUUGUCAACCUGGUUCAUAUUAUCCCUAAGAACAAUACCAACGUGACAGUCUACUUCUUCCUGGUAAUCCUCACCUACGUCAACUCCUGCGCCAACCCAAUCCUCUAUGCCUUCCUCUCUGACAACUUCCGGCAGAGCUUCCAGAAGGUGCUCUGUGUCCACAAACCAAAUGGUGUUGGCACUGCAAGCCAGAUGGGAGGGAGGAAUACUGCAUAUAAGGAAAACCACAUUCCUGUUCUGCCAACCAGAAAUCCCACACAAAAUGGAAAAAUGCAGAGCAUUCAGGAGACGAAUGGAGCAUGAGUUUUCAAGCUGACCCUCCAUGUAUUACAGCGCAGCAACAUGGUACAUGGAUGAUUUAUUUCUGGAACCUUUAUGGAUUGGUAUUUCCUGUCUUAAAGCUGAUCUUCCCUCAAUGACUGGGACAUUUGUGGAGUGGACCAGAGGAGCAAAGUAGGGGAGAAAAGACAGCAUUCCUCACAGAUCUCAGCAUUUGCGUUUCUUCUUUAUGUCUUUGUCCUGUUACUGGGUUGACUGCAUUGUACAAAACAUUAGUUUAUGUUUAUGUUAAGAUGUGCGAUCUCUGCACAAUACAAAAAACAUGAAUCAUGAAACUGUAAAAUGCUGUAACUUCUUCUAUAGCUCAACUGCAGACCAAAAAAUAAAUAUUAUUCUCAAACAGGAUUUUCUUUUUUUUAAUAUUUGAUCAUUUUUAGUAAGAAACCCUUGUUUUUUCUCAUGUACUUUUAUUUGAUUCGCUGCUGAUGCUUUUUGCUAUUAUUCAUCUAUGUUAACCUGUAAUCUUGAUAAAUUCAGUACAAUGUACAUUUCACAGCACUAAGACACAAUUUAAUGACUGGAAUAAACAAUGAGUGAGAACAUUGUUUCUGUUAUAGCAAUAGAUUGACAUGUUUGGAAAUAUGCUUAUUAACAUUCGGCUUCGAAUUACAUGACAAGAGCAAUACCACUCUCAUAUACGUAUGUCCGUUUAACGGGCUAUACAUCUACAGUGAACAAUAGGCUAGGUUAGCUUAGCACAAAGAGAGGAAACAACUAUCCUGGCUCUGUCCAAAUCUCAAAAAGCAAAUCAAAGAAAUAGUCUGGCAGAUAAUCACCAUAAAAUAUUUAGUAUGCGUGACCCAUAGAGAUAAUGUUUAAUAGCCCCGCCUGUCAUAUAAAACCGUUUUAGCAGAGCAAACGUCACAGGACUGAAGCUUAAAAAAGCUUAAAACACUCUAACUUCCGUUUCACUGGGACUAUAACUGUCAGUCGAGAGAGAGUGGUAUUGAUAAACUCAUUUAACUCUAAGAUCGAAACUUAAGUGCACUACCCAAUAAACUGUACCUCUAAGAAGUCAAACUAUUAAAUCGGUGCUGUGGAAAUAAAUGUUAUGCUAAAUUUAUCAUGUGAGCCAUGAUAAUACAGAUCAUUUCCCCCGGAUCAGUGAUUUCUUUUGUCCAGGCCUUUUGUAUGGAGUCAUGCUAUUAUAUGAAACCCAACCAUUGAUCUCUCUUUAAUUUCAAAUUACAGUAUUUACUGUGUGCUGAGUGGUCACUUAUGUGUUGGUUAAUUGUAAUUUGUCCUGUCUGUAUGCUUUUUGUGACAUUUUAACUUCAAUGUUAUAACGCUGUAAAAAAAGUAUUUAUCUCUUCUCUGAAGUUAAGUGUUUAGCUGAUGGACUAUGAUCUUUAACAUUCGGUGACAACAUUUUUGGGAAGUUGCUGGACAACACUGGAGCAUCUCCAUAGUUGUUACUUAAGCGAAGCAAGACCACGUUGA